AUGACUUCGUUCGUCGCGGUGGGGGGGCCGGCCGGGACGGUAGCGGGCGGGGGCGUGCUCGGUACAGCGGCUGCCGGGACGGCGUCGUGUGCCGGGGCGGCGGGGGCGCCCGGGGCGUCAUGCGCCGCCCCGGGCGCCCCCGCCCCCGCCCCCGCCGCGCCGGCGCAUGACGCCCCGGGCGCCCCCGCCGCCCCGGCACACGACGCCGUCCCGGCAGCCGCUGUACCGAGCACGCCCCCGCCCGCUACCGUCCCGGCCGGCCCCCCCACCGCGACGAACGACUCCAAGCACGCCACGGUGACACCGACGCCCGUCGUCCCGACGAACGCCACCAACAAUACUGACGAUAACAAGAACGAGACCACCGCCAAGCCCGAUACGCCGGUGACGCCGCCGACGGUCCCGACGACGCAGAAGGCCCCGACCACGACGGAGAAGGCCGCCGUCACCACGGAGAAGCCCCACGCUUUGCAGGCUAGAGGUUUCGACGGCGCGAGCUUCGUCGGCGGCAUCAUCCUCACGCUCGGGCUCCUCGCCAUCGGCUUCAUGGGCUUCAAGUACUACAAGGCCCAAACCGAAAGAAACUAUCAUACUCUCUAAGCUUAAUGUCUUCACUUCAAUUAUCUACGUAAGUGCACCUAACUUUAUUUUAUUUCACGUACACUUAGAAGUAUUUUCAUUUGUUUGACACUGAGUGAGUGCCCUAAGCACAUGUUCAGGAUACAGGGUGAUAAUUGCGUUUAUUCGAAUUCAUUGGUGGCUGGUCAUUAAAUGUUAGUGCUCUAUAGUCAAAAUUUGUGAAUCUGAUACGAGCCACUGAUUUUUUAUGUUUAAAUGUUAGGUUUUAAGUGUAUUUGGCAUUUAUCUGGCAGGUCUUUUUUAUUUUGCGUUAUUAUUGAAGUAGCUUUCUUUUGUUAUUAACUUUGGCAUUUCUAUGUUACUUUUUUUUUAUUUUGUUUCUAUGUAUGUAUAAGGAUUUAAGGAUGCAAUCAACAUAUUUUGUAAAUUUUAUCUGAUGUUAAAAUGUUAUAAUAGUCGAUGUUUAUAAGUAUCCACCUUUUCUAAACUAAAUCUGGUGCCAUGGACUCUCAAAAAACCAUAGCACUCUACGAUCUGCAUUUUCUUACUUUCUUGCAUUCAAACUUCAAACAAUUUUAGUUUUUAAUAGAGAUAUUAUUAUUGUUAAGUGUAAGUAUAAGGAAACGCAAUGUGAUGAUGAAAAUAAGGGUCUAAAAUAUUAGCUUUUUUGGUUUGGCACAUGAAAGAUGAAUCUCCUACGAAAUUAAUCAUUUUAUAAGCGUAAGACCCAGCGCAUGAACCAAUCGUAAGACUCCUAGAGUCAUUUUAGUAAAUGAUUUAGUGUAAAGUAUUACAUGAGUUGUUAACAACGCUCUGGGGAAAACAAUUCACUCGAAUAUUCUUGUAUCAAAGACAUCUCAAGGGUGACGUGACGUCAAGUGUCAACAUAUGUACAAAUACAAAGAUUCUUGUAUAUUGUUAUUUAUUACGCGCAUUUGUAUGAGGAUAAAGUAAAGCUUGACAAAAAAAGAGUAGAAAUUAAAAAGUGGCAACACUGUAGUGUCGUCCCGUUUUCUUAUAUAGAUUGGUAUGAAAGGGACGACACUACAGUGUUGCCACUUUUUAAUUUCUACUCUUUUUUGCCAAGCUGUAAACACAAAUAACUAAUGAAUCUCUUCUUUAUAGUGUCAAACCAAUUCUGUAUAUUUUGAUUUUGUAAUUUUGCACGCUGAUAUUGUGAACUGGAAAGAUUCCAUCCUAAAGUGCUCUUAAUUGAUCUGAACUAUUUAUGUAUAAUCUGAAGCUUUACAACCACUAGAAGUUUCCUGUCAUCUAACUACUGCUAUCAGCUAAAUGUCACAGUCAAUAGUUAUAUGAAUAAAUUUAUAUACCAAA